AUUCAGAAACUUUCCUAUCAUGGCUUAUCGAUAUCGUUCUUCGCCUGGAUAUUCAUCCAAUCCAUAUUCUGAAUUGACAACAGAGAUUAAGGAAGAGUUCAAAUCUAUUGAGCUCGCCGCCAAUUCGACUUUGGAAGACAAAUUUAGAUGGUGCGAGGAACUUCAGCAAAUUGUUCAACGCGCUUUGCCCGGAAGUCGGCUCAUCUUGGUCGGUUCGUCAACAAAUCUAUUCGGUUUUAAACACAGUGACUGCGAUCUCACUGUGAUAACCAGGGAAAGUUAUGUUUCUGAAAUGGGAUGCCUGAGUAAAAUUGAGGAAGCUUUAAAACCUUACCGAAGGCGGUAUAAAGUGGAGUCAGUAUACGGCGCAAAAGUGCCAAUCCUGAAGAUUCGAGAUGACAUAUCUGAUUAUGAGGGUGACAUCAGUAUCAACCAAAAAUGUGGGGUUCAGAGCACCUAUCUACUCAAAUGUUAUGCUUUGAUGGAUCCACGUGUACGACCGCUGGCAUUGAUAAUAAAAAGAUGGGCGCAAAAAGCAGGCAUUUGCGAUGCGAGACAACACAAACUCUCUGGAUUUGCUGUGAUCCUGCUUAUCCUCCAUUACCUCCAGAAAGGAUGCACUGACCCUGUUAUACCUUCCUUGCAAGCAACAUUUCCCCGGUUUUUUGCUAGCAGUUCGUCAGUCCUUUCACUUGCUGAAAAGCUUUCAAACACGAAAAAAGAUAGCGUCCCUUACGAUGUGCGAAGUUAUUCGUCACGAAAUACCCAGACGUUAGGGGAGUUACUUGUUGGAUUUUUCAAAUUUUACUCAAAUUUUUCUUGGGAGAAGGUCAUCUCAAUUCGCACUGGGGAUUAUAUCCCAUUAAGUAACUAUAGUGAAGGCACAUGGAGAAAACCUCAAAUAAGAAUAGAAGAUCCUUAUCAGCGUGGCAACGUUACUAAAGCAGUUUACCAGAUCAGUGUUUCUUACAUGAUCAAGGAGGCUUUUGGGAAGGCUUCAAGGGAGUUAGAAAGAGAUCCAAGUUUGACCGCGAUCAUGUGAUCAUUGUAAAUGAAAAAGAUGACAGAUGUAGCUAAUCAACUGUACGUAAAAAAUCCAUUUCUAUUUUGAAGGUCGGUAGCGUUAUUGGAAAAAAAAAUUGUGUUCAAAGAGGAUUUCAUCAUGAAGUUUCUUUAUAACCUUUUUCUGUGACAGUCGUUUAUUGUUGGUCGUUGCAGUGCUUUUAUAAGCAAAAUUAUUUUACUUAAUAGAAGUAGUUUAGUCCUUUGAACACAUUCAGCAUAACACGACAGGAGAUUUGAGGUUUAUAACAUUUAGAAAUUAGAGUGAAUUCUAAGUAUGCUGGAAUGAUAAUUCGAAUUGAGGUAGCUAAAAAUGCUGGAUUAGUACCAGUCCAUUUCUAUUAUUUUUGUCUUCACGGAUAACGACCGCGCUGAUAAAAACAACCCGCCAUCUAUAAUUGCUCCGCGAUCCAUUCUAAAUAAAGUACUCAUAUUAAAACAAAUGAGCAGUAGCGUAGGUAUUAGCUACAAUUUACAUAGGACAAAAUCCUUAAAUUUUAGCCCGCAAACAAAUUUUUUCAAACAGAGCUAGAUUCUGUAUGCUGAACUCGAAGUCUAUUCUCUGAGUGAUUUGGUGGGGGUGGACUAUUUGCUUGAGCAAGAGAGAGAGAGAAGGGAAUUUGUAUCCUUAAAUUAGAUUACUGAAAGCGGUCGUUUCAGGUCAUCGUAUUUCAUUCCCGCGUUGAUACUACAUUACCCUACGACACGAGAAAAUAUAGAUAUAUUAAAUAUAUCAGUCGGGCAUAUUGUGCUCUUAUUGAUUCUAAUUCGUACCACCACUAAAGUGAUAAUUGCUCUUAAC